AUGUCCACGCCCUCCACGGCCACUGCAACCCAUCCCACACACCAGCACUACGGUUAUCCUCAUUCCUCCUACCAGGCGACGACAUCCUACCCAACGCCGACCGCUGCCGCAGGGGCUCGCCUUGCAAAUCCCUACGCCUACUCCAUUUCCUCGCCCACAGCAGCCACCCUUCCCUACGCUCAACCUUCGCGAGUUGCUCCGGCGACAUCGACCCCCUCGGGCAUGGCGUCGCAGCCGAGCGCCUCCAGCGCGGCUCCCUCACAAGCUGGCCGGAGAAAGAAACCCGACUGGGGCGAAUUCUACAAGAAUGGCAUCCCUAAGGAGGUCAUUGUAAUCGACGAUAGCCCGGCUCCUGAAGCGUCCAAAGCGGCUCCUCUGCCGCCUCCCCAUGGCGCUGCCUCCGCGGGUCAGCCCCCAGUGGCUCAACCAGCAGGCAAACGGCGCCGCACGGGGCUCGAGACCGCCUACGACCUGGGAUACUAUGACCGACCGUCCUUCUCGAUUAAUCCACAACAAUAUGGUGAAGAUUCUUCGGGACACUCCUUAUCAACCGACCGAACCACAUCCUUGCACACCACGGCCCCAACCUCACUCGGGUCGCAAGGUAGUUCGGGCGCCAGCAACGGGGUGUACUACGACGAGGGCACGGUGGGCCAGAAGCGCAAGCGUACCACCCGGAAAUCAACUCGCGAUGAGCAGAAGCGUCGAGAGUUGGAGAACGCGCCAGAAGCGUUUCCCAGCUACGUUCCUCCCUCCAAACCCAUUGUCAAGGCAAAGGACGUGCCAGUGCCCGUGAUUCGCGAUUUCAUCGGUGGUCGCCACGAGAAGUUCGACGACGACGACGGUCACUACAUUGUGACCCCCGACACACCUCUCACAGAACGAUAUUCUAUUAUCAAACUCCUCGGCCAGGGCACCUUUGGCAAGGUCGUCGAAGCAUACGACAAACAGCGGAAGGCCCGUUGUGCUGUCAAGAUUAUCCGUUCUAUCCAAAAAUACCGGGAUGCGUCGCGCAUCGAGUUACGCGUGUUGUCAACGCUGGCUUCAAACGACAAGGCCAACCGCAACAAAUGCAUCCACCUUCGGGAUUGUUUCGAUUUCCGUAACCAUAUUUGCAUUGUCACCGAUUUGUUAGGACAGAGCGUGUUUGAUUUCUUGAAGGGGAACGGCUUUGUGCCCUUUCCCAGCAGCCAGAUCCAGAAUUUUGCGCGUCAGCUGUUCACCAGUGUGGCCUUCCUUCACGACUUGAAUCUCAUCCAUACCGAUCUCAAACCUGAAAACAUCCUUCUUGUCAGCAGCGCCUACCAGACCUUUACCUAUAACCGCACCAUCCCCUCUUCUUCCCACGCGAACCCCCGCAAUGCUCGCCAACGACGAGUCCUCCUCGACAGUGAGAUCCGCCUCAUCGACUUUGGCUCUGCCACAUUCGAUGAUGAAUACCAUUCUUCCGUGGUUUCUACACGCCACUACCGCGCCCCCGAAAUCAUCUUGAAUCUGGGCUGGAGUUUCCCCUGUGACAUCUGGAGUAUCGGGUGUAUCCUAGUGGAGUUUUUCACAGGUGAUGCUCUUUUCCAGACUCACGACAACCUCGAACACCUGGCGAUGAUGGAGGCGGUUAUCGGCACGCGAAUUGAUUCACGUUUGGUCCGCCAAGUGGUGCAAGGCCGAGCUGGUAACCACAAUUCUGCAGCCAAGUACUUCAAUCGGAACAAGCUGGACUACCCGAACACCGAAACAACCCGGGCGUCCCGCAAGUACGUCCGUGCUAUGAAGGCACUCACUGAGUUCAUACCCAUCAACACCCCCUUCAACCGUGCGUUCCUGGACCUACUGCAGAAGAUCUUCGUCUACGACCCCAAGCAGCGGAUCACAGCCAAGCAAGCACUCAAGCACCCGUGGUUCAAAGAGAGUCUUAUCGACGACGGCACCGAAGCAUACCGGAUCGGAAUGGGACUCCAUCGCCCAGGGCGGAGUUAG